AUGGGGAACGCAAACCCACUUUUCAAAAUCUAUUCUUCCACCGCUUCUCAAUGGGCAGGUGUCCCUCUCUUGGGUCUUGCCGAGAAAGGGUAUCCUGAAGGGAGCUAUGAAGUGGAAGACGUUGAUUUGCUGGGCGCCGGCAAUUUCCAUCCGGAUUAUGUGAAGAUCAAUCGCAACGGGACGAUACCGUCGUUAACCAGUCCCUCGCUCCCAGAACCUUUGAUCGAAAGUAGCGACAUCCUCGUCUAUCUCAACGAUUCUCGGCCCUCGGGCUUGGAUCUCUCACCCAAGGACGACGCCACGUCUCUCAAGAUUGAGAAGCUAAUUGACCUCGUCCACUCCCCCCAAGUCAGCACCAAUAUCAUUCUCCUCGACGCCCGUGAUCCCGAAGAGAUGGAGGCCAAGCAAAACAGCCCAUUCCGCGACUUUCUCUCUCAGAGGCAGAACACGCUGGAGAGCUACUGCGAACAGUUCCCAGACAGCGACUUCUACAAAUUGAGACGAGACAUGAACGCCGCCAUCUACAAGCACUACGUCUCGUCUGGCAAUCACCAAGAGUUCUUCAAGCAAAGCCAGGACGACUAUCGCGGUUUCGCCGCAGGUGUUGACACUCUGGACUCUUUGCUUGUCCUGCCGUACGCCGCAGGACCCGAGGUGACGCUGGCCGAUUUGCACAUUGUCCCUUGGCUGGCACAUGCAAUGUGGGGGGCUGGCACCAAGGAGAUUGGCGACUUUGGCCCGCUGGAGACUGUGAUCCGGAAGACCGUGCCUGAUUUCAAAAUAGGGCCUAAGACAAAGCAGUGGUGGGCGAACAUGAUGGAGCGAGAGUCCUUCCAGAAAGUGUUUCCGUAUCUACAUUAA